AUGUCCGAUAUCACUGAGGGAAUCCGCACUCGCCGAGACAAUAAGUUCAAACACCCGGGCUUGCCAGACCUGCCAGUGCAAGGACAGCCCACCAAGCUCAAGAGCGGGCUGCAGUGGCUUGCUGCAAUGCAGAUGGAGAUGGAGGAGGCAGAGGAACAAGGCGUGGCAACUAAACCAAAGCCAGUCAAACCCCGUGCUCGCCCUGUCAAGAAAAAAGUAGUGCCUGCCAAACCAGCUGGUACCGGCGUCGAGGACCAAGAAGAAAGCAGCCAGGACACCAACAUUGAGGACGGAACAAAGAAGAAGAACCAGAGGGCCGUCAAAACGUCUCUGAAGGACGCAAUCAACAAUGCACGAGGCUCACUCACAGGAAAGGUUGAGUUAAUUCAGGGGCCACGUGUUGGCGACAAGAAAGGAAAGUCUUCUACCGCGACAUACGCAACCGAACUACUCAAAACUUCCAGCGCUUCUAAGACUCGUACCACUGCCUCAGCUUUGUCAUUGGCGCAUGGGCCACCAAGCAGUGCUUUAUCCAGUUCCUGCGCUACAUCAGUUUUGGCCAUAACUACCAAGUCCUCCAAAUCUAAGGCCCCCCCUGCUCUAGCUAAUGCAUCUGACGCUCCCAAGGCUCUUGUUGGCGGCUUUGAUGAUGAGUCAGAUGAUUCUCAGGAACGUUUGGAUGCCUUCAUUCAAAAGACAAAGGGGAAGCAGUCUUCACUUAGGAUUACCUCAGAUGCAAUGCCUGAGGAUGCGCUGUCUUCAACAGAGGACUUACAGGAUAUUGAUAUCGACGCACCGAUGGACCUGGACGAUGCAUUGGUGGACCUGGAGGACAAUUUGUUUGAGGGCAAAGAUGCCAGGAUGUCCAAGGCGGUGGACAGUGACAGCAGCCUAAGCGAUGGAAUCUUGUUCCGUCGGAGUAAAAAGCGCAAGCUUGCAGACACCAAAUCCUCCACCCUCGUCUUGGAGAGUACCCCCUACGAGGAUACAUCAGAUGUUGAGGUUAUUGAUGUCCCUUUAGGCCCUGUCGCAAUGGCCAAUACAACGAAGACGGCUAUGUGUUUGACCUCUUUGACUGCCGUCGCCGUCUCCCAGUCGGCCACCACAAAGAUGCAACCACCUGCAAAGAAGGUGAAAAUUGAAGAGGACGUUGAUGCCAGCACCGCGCAACUAACGCUCACAGCCCCACCUGGCUAUUGGAUUGAGAAGCAAUACAAGACGCGCUCAAGCUACCGAAACUAUCAUCUCCCUCCUCAUUGCCAAGAUCAACGGUGGCCGAAGCAGUUCCUCCCAACACUUUACCUGUGGACCGGGAGUCAAAAUGACCUCUGGCAAUUCUUAGACGCUCCUCUGGUCAAGGCACUCCAAUCCAUUUAUGAUGUCGUGUAUUCAGAAGAAUCAGAUCUUGAUUACAAGGUGACCGCUCAAGGGUCUGUCUUUGGCGUUGCCACCCAACGUCUCGCAGAGUGGCGCAGCAAUUUUGGAUCAACGGGACUGGCUAUUAUGAUGGAUUUUUUCACUAGGAAUGCUGACACUGAUCCAGAAACACUUGCUGACGCGCUUCUGGAGGACUUCGCUUUCAUUUAUGAGGACAUGGAAAACCUAGACCCGAUGCAAGCCUUCCGGUCUCCAUUCAUGUUGCAGCUCUUCGCAACCACUCAUCUUCAUGCCAUUCUCGGGCAUGUUGAAGUCCCCGCACUUAAAACAUAUGUGCUGUCCAUCGUCGGGAUGACUGGUGUUAUUGGCAUUUGUGCAGCUUCACUCGAGCGCGCCAUCAAACGUCUCCGUGUCAAUGCCAUUGACAUUGAUGUGGACACCCUAGAUCUGGGUCCCGCACAAAUGAAGCGCAAGCUGCGGACACUGAAGACCUUCAACAAGGCCACUGGCAAGGAUAGCACUACCGAGAAUGCCUUCUCCAUCAACAACUGGGGAUCAGUAACUGCAUCAUACGUGGUUGCUAUCAAGGCGAAAGGAGACGACUACAUGAGGACCACAACAUUAACGGCUCGGAAAUUGCUGAAGAAAUCGGGCAGUGUCGGCCUCCAGAAGUACUUUCGCACUGAUGAUGACGGCUCAGAGGCCGUUGACAUCCGCGCCAUCCUGUGGUAA